UUAUAGAAGUGGGGACCCUGGGCCCAUCCCUCCCUCCUUGCACUCCAGGUUGAGGCGAAGCUGCGGGUGCAGGCGGGGCCUGCUGUCACCUCACUGGGCUCUAAGGUCACCUGGAGCCUGGGAGCUGGCCAGGCUCUCUCAAGAUUCAGCAGACACUGGCCUUGGUGGUGAAGAAGACAGUGGUAGUCAAUGUUAUUUGGACAGGGUCAGCAGGCCCUGGAGUUUCCUGAGUGCACCAUGCAGAAGGCUGCAUACUAUGAGAACCCAGGACUCUUUGGAGGCUAUGGUUACAGCAAAGCCACCGACACCUAUGGCUACAGCACUCCUCAUCAGCCCUACCCACCCCCUGCUGCUGCCAACUCCCUGGACACUGACUACCCAGGUUCUGCCUGCUCCAUCCAGAGCUCUGCACCUCUCCGAGCCCCAGGCCAUAAAGGAGCUGAACUCAAUGGUAGCUGCAUGCGACCUGGCACUGGGAACAGCCAGGGUGGGGGUGGUGGCAACCAGCCUCCUGGUCUGAACUCAGAGCAGCAGCCACCACAACCUCCUCCUCCACCACCCACCUUGCCCCCAUCCUCGCCCACCAAUCCUGGAGGUGGAGUGCCUGCCAAGAAGGCCAAGGGUGGGCCUAAUGCUUCUAGCUCUUCAGCUACCAUCAGCAAGCAGAUCUUCCCCUGGAUGAAAGAAUCCCGACAGAACUCGAAGCAGAAGAACAGCUGUGCCACUUCAGGAGAGAACUGCGAGGAUAAGAGCCCACCGGGCCCAGCAUCCAAGAGGGUGCGCACAGCGUACACCAGUGCUCAGCUGGUAGAGUUGGAAAAGGAGUUCCAUUUCAACCGCUACCUGUGCCGGCCGCGCCGCGUGGAGAUGGCCAACCUGCUGAACCUCACCGAACGCCAGAUCAAGAUCUGGUUCCAGAACCACAGCAUGAAGUACAAGAAGGACCAAAAGGCCAAGGGCAUCCUGCAUUCUCCGGCGGGCCAGUCCCCAGAGCGCAGUCCUCCU